AGCUGUCCACUGGCACACGCUCAACGCAUCCCGUUCUUCCUGCGCUCGAUCGCAAAAACCAUGGCUCUCCGCAGCAGGCUCUUGCCUUUUGUGGCCCUCCUGGCUGCUUUGUGCUGCAUUUUCAAGGCCACGGCCUUCACUGGAGCCACUGGAGCCGCCCUCCGCAAGCCGAGAUGGGUGGAGUCGAGGUCUGCCACUGCGGCGUUGCCUUUGGAGCAGGGAGAUCUGAUGUCGGCUAUGACUGAUGCAUCCACCAUGAUUCUUGCCGACGACGUGGAGUCGAUCCCAGCAGUGGCCUUUGGCGUUUCGAUUUUCGUCGGGAUUGUGGGCUACUCUACCUGGACCGCCUUUGGACCAGGCUCCGCCGACCUGCGGGACCCCUUCGAGGAGCACGAGGACUAGUCGAACGGCGCAGGUACUGUGGACGUGCGUGAAGAUUGGACAACCUCUACAGGCGAGACGAACGAGACGGGCGGCAGCCUGGAGCCACAAUUUUCUUGUCCCCGCGCGCCAAAAAUUGAUCAAAGUGCUC